AUGUCCAAUGAGGCCUUUCGCAGCGCGAUGAAGUCGGUGCGGCCGUUGGAGCUGACCUUCCAAUCUGCGCCUGAAGCUGCCGACACGGAACGCGAAGCUCACCUUCCCGCCAAGACCCACCUUCCGACAGAGGCGGUGAACGUGAAGGUGCCAGACUCUCCGCCUGCGCAGCCAAGCGUGACGAGCGCAGCGGUGGAUGAAGAGCUCGAGAGCCUCCGGACGAAGCUGGCGUCCAGCACCGACGAGCUGCGGAGGGCCCAAGCAGAGCUGACGGAGGUGUCGCAAAAGAGCCAAGCCAGCCAAGAAGAGCUGACUGAAUUGAAGGAGCAGCUGGCGGCGAAGGAUCGCGACCUCAUGGUCGUGAAUCAGAAACUUCUGGCAUCCAAUGCAUCCAACGAUGAAGAAGCGAAGAAGGAGAUUGCCGAACUCAAGAGGCGCCUGGAGGAACAAGAGGAGGAACUGAAACGAACCAAGCAGGAAGUGGAGGCUGCAAAGGCGAGCCACGAGAGGCACAUUGCUGAAAGCCAGACGCAGGCCGCUCCGCCUCCCGCCGCCGAGCGUCCCACAGAGCCGGGGCUGGCCGAGGGCGACUUCGCGAAGCGGGUGCGGGAGGCUGCCGAGGUGAGGGACCUGAAACAGCAACUGGAACUUGAGAUCAAGUCCCUUCGCGGAGAGCUGGAAGGCUUAAAGGCCGAGGUGGAUGUGAUGCGAAGUGCGCUGAAGGGACACCAUGGAGAUCUACAUCCGCCGGUGCCGGUGUCCAACGGGUUAGCGGACGUGGAUCUCUUCAAAGUCGUGCAGCCCUUGCUGCGGCCGGGCGGCGAACGACGGAGCCAAGCACUCCAAGCGGUGGAGGUGGCGCUGCGGAAUGGCGCGUCGCCCAACAGCUGGAAAGGCCCCGGCUCACCCUUGCAAUCUGCUGUCCAAGCGAGAGCUCCAGAUCUGGUGGGCUGCCUCUUAAAAGCUCAUGCAGAUCCAGGUGAAAUCGACGCUCACGGGGUCUCCUGCGCAGCCGGCGGAGGUGAGCAAGCAGCUGCUGGAGGCACAGGCCAAUCCGAAUGUGACCGAUCGAUAUGUGCAAACGCCCAUUUUCUUUGCCCCCACUCGGCUGAUGUGCAUGACACUGCAGAACUUCCAAGCCGAUGUGAAUGCCACCAACCGGAAAGGGCAAUCGCCGCUGCAUUUGGCCGCCAAGGGCGGCUUAGGAGACGUGCUGCACUUCCUCAGUGCCAAGGCCAAUCCAAGCGUGCUGUCCUUGCGGGAUGCCUCGGGACAACGCGCGGCGGACUACGCCAAAGCUGCGGGCCUCCACGCGAUGUUGGGCAAACUGGAAGGACAGGCAUCGAGCCCCACGAGCCCCAGCCCUCGCAGUGCUGCCUCCUCUCCGGUCAAUACCAGGUGAUGCACCGAGACCACCGCGGAGACCACCGGCCUCCGCCCCUCUGGGCGCCGCAGCCGCCGCUUAGCACGUGGCCCUGGUGCCCAACCGCUGCCGCUGGGUCCGGGGCCAGGUGCUAA